AUGUCCGAUCUUCAAGAGACUGUGUCCUUAAUCAGGUCGACUAUAGAGAAUUUUCAGAUCGAACCGGACGUGCAAACUAUCAACCAAAUUAAUGAAAAUCUUUCUCUGUUGAGCUCCAAACGGAAACUUAAACUCGAUCACCAGCUAGAUUUGUUGUCACGUAUCAGUAAACAGAGAGACGAACUUAAAGAGUUCAACAAGCAAUUAUUGGAAACAGAAGACCGUCAACAGACCCUAAAGAGUAUCGAAGAGCUUGAACACGAAAAAUUUAAAUUAGCAAAAUCAAUAACAGAUCUGGAGAUGAACAUGAAUCACCUUCAGAAUUCAAUCUCUAGUUUGACCCAGAAUCUCAACGAAUUAGAAGAGCAAGAAAAAGCAGUGAUAUCGAAUGAUCUACAAGAAAACUACGAUUCGACAGUGUUAAGACUCAAGCUUUUCAAGAGCAUGGGGUUGAUGAUAGAUACAUCUAAGGAUAAAGAUCAGAUUAUAAUCUACAAUAAAGAUAAAGGUGUUAGUGAUAUACUGCCGGUGGAGGAAAAUUAUAGUGAUUUUUUUGUGAGCAACUAUGUGUGGGAUAAUCUAUGA